AUGACAGCCAUAUCUUUGUUGAUUGGAGACUUCAUAUUCUUUGAUUCCUUACGGACUAGUGGCUGUCCUGUUUGGAAUCAUACAGAACUUCUUGAUUUUGCAUUGACUACAUUGGCGAUACAGCAGUAUGGGAAUGUUGAGGGGUAUCUCUUUUGGAUAGAGAUGGAGUGUGGAGUGAUUUUCUUUGAUUGGCAUUGGUUUGAUGACAUGUUUGAUAUCAUCUAUGCUGCUGAUCAGAGUUAUGACAGCAAGGUUGAGUUCAAGAGGUCUCUUGUACAGGUGUUUAGCAGGAUAGUGCUUGGAGAAGAUGGUGCAACGUAUGAAACUUCCUUAAGGGUGCCAGACCAAGUCAAAGUUCAGCUGGAGGUUGCCGUACUUGCUUGGGCCAGUGAUGUACAGCAUUUAGCUCGAUUUUCAGGGGAGCAUUUAUGGCCUCGGUCCUAUGGGUUGAUUACAGAACCAGAAUUGACUGAUCUGCAUAAUUUGCAUCCGGCAGAUAUGAAUGUGAAUUCAUCAAGGGGCAAUAAAUAUUAUGGUGAGUGUGUACCAAGUAGUUCAGAUUGUUUGAGCCCAGCAAAUCCUGAGGCUGCUCCUGAUACUGCAACUGAUAAGGAGAGUUGGAUGCCCCCCGCUAAGGUCAGGGGUGAUAUAGCAAGGUCAGUGAUGUACAUGGCAAUAUGUUAUGGGUUUAACCAACCUCCUGGAAGCCAUAAUCUCCAACUCUCAGAUUCACCAAGUAUGGAUACAGGUAUAACAGGUACACCACAUAGAUACACGACAUUUUGGCGCCCACCGUGGGGUAGAAAUCAUCAUUUUCGGCCUCUUAAUCUUCAGGAAACUUCAUCUCUGUCCGGCUCUGGUUCAGAAAUUUGUACAAGUUGCCUUUUAAGCUCAUACGAACUUCCUUUUAGUCUCGGAUGAAACCUCAUCCUAUCUCGUACGAGGUAUAAUUUUGUGUUGUACGAGGUUUUAUGUUGCAAAUUCUUUACUC